AUGACUGGUCAAACUUAUUUUAUCACUGGUGCAAAUCGUGGUAUUGGCUUAGAAAUUACGAAGUACUUACUCGCUUCCAAUCCAGAGAAUAAGAUUAUCGCUACCGUUCGUGAUGUUUCAAAAGCAACUGCCUUAAAGGAAUUAAGUAAGAAUGUUAUCGUAUUCUCUCUUGAUUUAGGUAGUCAAAAAUCAAUUGAUGCAAUUCCUUCUGAAUUAGAAAAGAUUAAGAUUGAUACUAUUGAUGUCUUUGUUUCAAAUGCCGCUAUUGCAGAUGCUUAUCUUACUGUACUUGAUUGUCCAAAAGAUAAAUGGUUAGAACAUUAUGAAAUCAACGUAUUAGCUCCGAUUUCAAUCUUCCAAAAGGUUUAUAAAGCAGUAGCUAAUUCAACUACUAAGAAGGCUGUAUUCAUUUCAUCCACAGUUGGUUCUCUUACUAGAUACGUCCCAACCCCUAUGAGUGCUUAUGGUCAAUCUAAGGCUGCGCUUAAUUUUUCAGUUAUUGAGUUGAGUGCCGAAUUAAAAUCUGAGGGUUUCACUAUUGCUGCUAUUUCACCAGGUAUUGUUUCCACUGAUAUGGGUAAUUAUGGAGGUGAAAAAAUCAAAGUUAAUUCUCCUGAAUUAAUCGAAGCAGUUAAAGAUUAUAUCUUAACUCCUGAACAAAGUGGUAUCGCCGUUGGUAAAGUUAUUGAAACCUUAAGUGAAGAGGAUAAUGGUAAAUUCCUUGAAUUUGAUCAUACUAGUGUUCCUUACUAG